UAUUUUAGUUUUAACAUUUUCACGAAAAUAUCCAGAGAAUAUUUCAUAUAGCACUUCAUUACCGAUAUAAGCGUAAACCCAUCAGUCAUAACAAUUCGGCGAGUUGAUACUGUAUCAGCCAAAAGACAUCAGUGUUGAGUUGGACAGGGAAGCCUUGAUCUGCCUCCUGCCCUGAGGUUUGGCUGGUCACUGGCUGGUGGCCACACCCAGCUCCACUCCCCCUCGCCACUCCCCAGUCCUCGCCAUGCGCUCGUGUCCCCCGGAGGACGACGAGGACUGGGGUCUCUGCUCGGACUUGGACGACUCCGAGGAGGAGGUCGCGCUGCGCCAGGCCGGCGGGCCGCUCCGCUGCUGGCAGAGGGCCGGCUUCAAGCGGCUGACGAUCGACGAGCGUCGGCCGCCGGCCGUGCUGCCGGCGCGGUACUCGGUCAGCGCCUGCUGCGCCGUCUGCGGCCGCCGGCCCGGCGCCGGACACCCGCUGGCGCCGCUGUUCGACGACACCAGCUUCGUCAGCAUGGCCGACGUGGUGAAGGACGUGGUCGGACUGGAGUUCUCCGUCAGCACCAACCCGCACGAGAACGUCAUGUGCGGUGACUGCCGCGGCCACCUGCUGGCGCUGCACACGAUGCGCGGCUGGCUGGCCGCCCUGCAGAGACAGUUUGUCCGGAUGGUGGUCUGUACAAACAGCGGCCGGCGCGGCGCCAAAAUACUCGUACCGAAGGCGUAUCGCGGUGUGGACUUUUUCAGCCGCGAGGCGCCCUUUCUCGAGCUGCUGGAGAGCAGUGGUCGUACGGUGGAUGCAGUGACUCGAACAGAGCCGGGGCGGCAGACAGCCGGUGAAGCGGGGACGGUAGGUGAGAGUGAGGACACCUCCGGGCCAGUGUCGGGUGCGGACAGUGAACAGGUGACACGGACGGACCAAAGGGUCACUGAGUGUGUCGUGGGUGGCUCGGAACAGUGUCAGACAGGCGCGGCGCAGCCCAGUGUGACGCGCUGUGACGCGGUGGGUGAUGGCGAGACGCAGAACCUGCUCGAUGAUGCUCCACCGGUAGUGGGCGAGACUGUGACAGUCGUGGAGAGCGGACAGUCCUUAGAUAUGACUAUGGACGAGGCGCAUCAGAAGGCGGUUCCUUCAGCACUUCUGCCACAAUCCCUGCACCAGCCUGAUGAGCUGAAGGAGUCUCCGCAGCAGCAGCAGUCGCCGUCUUUUCGUCCCUCCGAACCACCGCUCCACCUGUCUCUGCCGCAGUCUGCUUCUGAGCUCCACCAGCCUCCGUCCUCUCUGCCUCGCGCCGCUCUCACCCAGCCGUCAGACCCUCCUCAGCCCGCCCCGGCCGCCCCCUCCACCCCGCCGCGACCGGCGGCGACCGGUGCCGACGCCACAGACCCGGCCGGACUGCUGGACCCGUUCGAGGAGUACUCCAUCAGUGACCUGCUGGUGCUGAGGUCUCCGCUGGCCGCCCGACCGCCCGCCGCCCUAGAGGGACCGCCGCCAGCCAAACUGAAGAAGAUCGCUCCCAAGAUUGAUCGGAAAGAUCUGCCACCGCAGCCGCCGCCUAUCGUUCUAAAUAUAAUGGCGGUGUCGGCUCCGGUCCAGGCCACCCCCAAUUUCAAGGCGAUCGUGCCCAGGCGGCCGGAGGACGACAGCCACCACCCCCGGACUGUGGCCGGCGCGCCGGCGGAGCCCGCACGGCGAUCGCAGCGCCGCCUAGCGGCCACCGCCAGAGACUCGCGUCGUCAGCGCCGGGCGCUGGACGUCGGGCCAGCGCCGCCGGCGGCACUGCCGUCACAGCAGCAGUCGCAUCAUCAACAGCAGCAUCACCACCAUCAGCAUCAUCAGCAGCAGGAACAUCAUCAGCAGCACGAACGGCACCGGGACCCGGCCGGGUACCCCGAGCCGAUGGUGUUCUUUAACCCUGACGGCAGCAUCCCGGCGCCGCCGUACAGUACGCAGGUGGAGGCUGAGACGGCCGGUAUGGCGGCGGCGGGCGAGUACACUCAGCUGCAGACUGUGCCGCCGGAGCAGCCGCCCCCGCCCCCGCCCCCGCCCCCGCCGGAGCAGGCAGCGCCGCCACCGAGUGAGUACAGACACUCGGCUACAUUCGCGGUGUCACACAGUGAGAUGGGCUGCUAUGAUGCGGACUAUACCAUAUAUUUGGAUCAGGGAGUGCCGCAGGAACACGAUAGCACCCACCAGAGCCAGGAGACUGCUCAGGAGCGACAGGGCCGAGAGCACUCGUCGGCAGCGUCGCAGGCGGCCGCUGUGGAAAGGUCAAGUGCGUCGGACACUCACCAGGUGGCUCUAGAGAACAGUUCAGAGAGCGAUUCUCUGUACAAAGAAGUGCCUCGAAUCUGCAAACCGUGCGGAGUGCCAAUCAGCUACGAGAUGAUUCAGGUGCGGAAACAUUUGGUGGAGUUUCACAUGAGCCUGGAGAGGAACGACCUGACGGGGAGCACCCUGUACCGGUGCCGCGCCUGCCCGGCCAAGUCCACGUCGCUCGAGUCGCUGCGGAAACACUUCAGCACGACGCACGUGCGCGCCGCGGCGGUGGCGUGCGGCCGCUGCGAGCAGCUCUUCUCCAACCUGGAGGCUGUGCAGCAUCACAUCCGCAGGAAACACCCGCGCUGUCAGCCGGCGACCGGCAGCCGAGCGCUGGUCAGCGCGACGGAUUGCAGUCGGGUCGGACCGAGUGCCCCGAGUGCGGUCUGAGCUUCCUCACGGCUCGCUCCCUGCUGAUUCACCGGACCAAGACGCACCAGACGAAGGAGUCGCCCGCCGCGCAUCGCCAGUCGCCGCCGCCGCCGGCGCUGCCCCCUGUCGCUGAUGAGGUGACCAUUGGCACGAGCGGGUAAGCGCGCGGACGGUGAGACACCCGCUGAUGAUAAUGAACAUGUGUUGAGUGGUAAUUUGAACGAUUUUAUGUUGUGAAACAAGUGUGUGAGUUGACGUUUGGACAGGAUGGUUGUUUGGACAAUUGACAGAAUGUCUUGUGGCGUCGUAACUCGUAAGCCUGAAUAUCGAGGUAUUGGACUUGUGCCAAUGUGUAACAUUCCUUUUAGAUGGCUGUGACUUUGAUCUUGACUCGCUGUUAGGUCUGUCAUUAUUUGUCUUCUCGUGAAGCGGGUAAUUAUUACUAUUUUCUCGUGAAUUGUGUCAAUAAAAUGGUAUUUUGCGCUA